UCAUAUUCCUGCUUUUCCAUGUUUGAAAUUGCAUUUCAUUCUUACUUCAAGUUGUCUAAUCUAAACUACUUGUGGAAUGAGCUUUAUUACUUGCUUCUUUUUGCAUCAGUAAAUCUCAUAGCCUCAUAGGCCAGUUCCUUGUUUAAUGCAAACCAAAUGUUCCCUUGAGAAUUAUAAAGAGAGAAACUCCCAAAAUGGCUCUUGAUAAUUUUAUUUCUUGAAAUGAUAAAACUACUAAGGAAAACCUAGGCCAAUAUAUAUGGCUAGCUAGGUACAAUCACUUAAAGCACUAAAAGAACUUAAAGACAAUAUUACCCCUAUUACAUACUACAUCAUGGGACUAAAGACACGUACUCAAACGCUAAGGACAAAGUAAAAGUGACUACGUCAUUGUUUUCAUCUUUGCAUCAUUGUGUGCGGGAUAUUAAUUCUAUAGGAACGAUUGUAUGGUUGCCAUUUUGUGUUCAUUAUUAUUGUUGGUAAACAGCGAUUUUUUGCUCUGGAUGAAACCUUCAUCUGCUGGUUUCUUUUCAUUCUGUUGAACACAAUUAACACUAUCUCCCAACUUCUGUCUGUACCAUGUUAAUCUUCCUGAACUUUAACUUAGAGUUGCAUAGGUCCUUAAUCAGCUAUGUCUAAAGGGUUCAUUAAUAGAUGCUGAUCCUGACGUGUAAUUUAGUCUGCAGUUGUCUAUCUUCUACUUAAAUUUGUCGUUGACUGGGUGGAGGGACAAAUUAUCUACCUGGAGGCUCAAGAAACUGCUGUUGUUAUUAAGUUUUGUAUGCGUUUGCUUCAGCUUUACUCUUCUCACAACAUUGGCAAGGUAUCUUUUUCUUUCUCUGUCAUUUAAUGUCUCCUGAUUUUCACCAUGGAACCUCUUUAAUGGCAUGCUAAGAGCAUCAAUGAUUUCUUUUCCCUAUAAUUGUUGUGUUUGCAUCCGUAACAUGAAUGGAUAUGCAUGUGGCUUGUGCUCAGUGGGCAAAAUCAAAAUUAAGAGCCUAACUAACUGCAUUCAGGGCCAGCACAACUUGAAGAUCACUCCUGGAUAAGGAACAUUGAUACUUAAUCAUAAGAUCUUUUGCAUACAUGUUCAAUGAAGUAGACGUAUCUAGUUCAUGAUCCGACACUGGUUAUUUUUGUUAAAAAAGAGAUAUGAGUUACCAUAUGUCAUUUCUAGAUUUUAUAAUGAGAUUUCUACCCAAUUUGGAAAGAAGAUUAAGGUCAUUCGUUCUGAUAAUGCUUUAGAAUAUAUGCAAUCUUCUAUUGCGUCUUUUUGUGUUGACCGCGGUAUUAUUCAUCAGACUAGUUGUGUUCGCAGCUCUCAGCAAGAUGGUGUUGCUGAACGUAGGCUUCGCCAUGUGUUAGAUGUUGCUCGUACUUUGAUGUUCCACAUGCAGAUAGCCGACAAGCCCAGCAUAUAUGUUUUGGACACUCCGGGAGUAUUAGUUCCAAGUAUGCCAGACAUUGAGACAGGGUUGAAGCUUGCUUUGGCAGGAUCUGUUAAAGAUUUGGUAGUAGGUGAAGAACGUGUUGCUCAAUAUUUACUGGCAGUUAUGAACUCUCAGGGCAGUCCUUUCCUUUGGAAGCACUUGUAUAAUAGAAGAAUGGAGGGCCUUCUGAUUGAAUCAGAUGAAAAACAUGAGUAUAAUCUCAAAGAUCUUCUCCCAAAGAGGAAGCCCUUGGAUAGGUCUGGUGACUCUGGUGUGCGCUACAUUGAGGGUGUUUGGUGGCUCGACCUUGGAAGAUUGACAAUGGGAUUUGGUGUGGGCAUUCAUACCUAUGUGGCGUCUGUAUAUGUUGCUGAAAUCACACGGUCACACCUAAGGAAAUUCGAGGAGGAUUUACAGCAGCUAACAUGCUCGUGCUAUGUGCUGGUGUAUCCUUAAUGUUUUUCAUGGGAAAUGUCUUGACAUGGCGCACCAUGGCUAUAACUGGACUGGUUCCAUGCUUCCUACAAUCUGUAGGCAUGUUCUUCAUGCCAGAGUCUCCAAGAUGGUUUGACCAUACGAAAACUUUUGAACAGCUCUCCAAAACGAGCAUUCUAAACUUGUUUGAGUGAAGAUAUGCUCAUCCGCUUACUGUAAGGGCAUAAAUUACAACAAAUCAAAAUUUCACAUGCUACCUUUUGAAGGCCAUCCUGAUCUCCAGUGAACAUUUAAAUAUCCCUUUAGAUUAAUUGGAGUUGGAAUAAUGUUACUGCUAUAAUUUGGAGGGUGCAACGGAAUUUUGUACUACGCCAGUUCAAUUUUUGAAGUUGUCGGCUGUUCAGCUAGUGUUGGGACAACAGCAAUGGCUAUUAUUCAGAUUCCCUUUACUGCUUUGAAUGUUCUUUUAGUGGAUAUAUCCGGACAGCAACCACUUUUGAUGGUGAGCUUGUGAAAAUUCUGUUCGAAAUUUUUGGUUUUUGUUGAUCCAUGAGCCA